AUGGAACCUCCGGAUAUACCGAAAGAACCUGAUUACCCAGCGUAUCCACCAGAUAAGGAUGUUGCCAAAAUUCAUAGAAUAUCCGUUAUUCCGAAUGUUCGGUUGACGGUUCGGAUUCGGAUUCGGAUAUUUGACAAAUCUUGUUCUGCAAAGGCUGGAAACUACAUUGGCGAAUGCUCCACACGAUCGAUGCCCUUGCUGAUCUUCGCUAAUUUAAUUGAAGCCACACGGCACUCAGCGGCUCACCUGGGAUGA